GGACUUUCACGUCGCCUUUUUCCUCCAGUCAGUUUUUUUGAUUGAUGGGCUGUGAAUCAUUUUCUUGCAUCAGUGUUUUUAUUUUUAACUUUGGUGAUAAAGUCUCAAUUGCUACGUAAACUCUUCCAGAAAGCCCCCUCCUGGUGUACCUAACAGCCGCACUGUUUUCCAGCCGCGUCAUAAAUUUUAAAUUCGAAUGACCUAGACCAUACAUGCGCCAUAUGCCGCCGUCGAAGACGUCCUCCAGUUACCAUCGCCGACCCUGAGCUGGUGACCCAAAUGUAGAGGUUAGGAUUCCGUCUGGAAAUGGUGCGAUAAGCCGUGCUCAGUGAUCAAAUUGGGGGAAAACAAGCCUAAUCGUAAUGAGUGAUUUCAAACCAAGGUUCCUAAAACCAUCAGAAACAUCAAGCUUCCUAGACAGAAACGACUCCUCACUCGCGGACAGCACCGAUUUUAUUUAUAACAGACAUCUGUCCCAGUCAAUUCAAACCCAGCGACAGAAAUUGCCCAUUUUCAAUAACAGAAACCACGUUUUGUUUCUGCUGGAGAAGUUCCAGACGCUGGUGCUAGUGGGGGAGACCGGGUGCGGAAAGAGCACACAAAUUCCGCAGUAUAUGAUCGAAGCCGAAUGGCCGGGGCAGAUCGGAGUGUGCGAGCCGAGGCGAGUCGCAGCUAUCUCAUUGGCCAAUCGGGUGGCCGACGAGACGGGGACGCUGGUGCAGGGGGAGGCGGUGGGAUACGCCGUCAAGUUCGACGCAUGCGCGAACAAGCCGAAAAUCAAGUACAUGACAGAAGGCAUCCUGCUGCGCGAAAUGAUGUCAGACCCUCUCCUUAAGUCCUACUCCGCCAUAAUGCUAGACGAAGUCCACGAGCGUACCUUAUACACCGACAUCCUCAUGGGCUUGAUGAAGAAAAUCUUAAGGAAACGACCCGAACUCAGACUAGUCGUGGCGUCGGCGACCAUGGACGCAAAAGAAUUGUACGAAUUCUUCAACAACAGUCACAUGAGGGACAAAAGCAAAGACACAGCUGUCAUUUUAUCGGUAAAGGGGCGUCAAUUUCCGGUCAAUAUGUUUUACACGAUGGAGCCUGUACCGUGCUACGUACAGAAAUCGGUGGAAACGGCUUUAAAAAUCAACUUGUCGAAGGAGUCUGGCGAUAUUUUGAUAUUUCUUACUGGGCAAGAAGAGGUCGAUCGAGCCGUUAGAUUGUUGAAAGAACACGCUACUAAUAUAGAACAAGCCGAUAAGAAAGAGAAAAUGUUUAUUUUGCCGAUGUACGGCUCGCUGCCGUAUCAUGAACAGUUGAAGGUGUUCAAAUCAGCGCCGGACGGAUACAGGAAGGUUGUGGUUGCCACUAAUGUGGCGGAGACGUCGGUGACCAUUCCUGGAAUCGUUCACGUUAUCGACUGCGGCUUCGUCAAAAUGCGCUGGUUCAACAACGAAACUCACACCGACAGCUUAGUAACUCUUCCCGUGAGCAAAGCCUCCGCUGACCAACGCGCUGGAAGAGCCGGACGCAUGCGCACUGGCAACGUGUACAGACUAUACCCAGAAGACUACUUACCCAAGCUCGCCGACAGCACCCCACCCGAAAUCAUCCGCACCAAACUCACCUACGCCGUCCUCCAGCUCAAAGCCCUAGGUAUCAGCAACAUCCUCAAAUUCAAAUUCCCCAGCCCGCCCCCAGUCCAAAACCUGCGCAGCGCGUUAGAGAUCUUGUACGCUUUAGGCGCUAUAGACAUAAACGGCGAACUCACUAAACCUUUAGGGUUCCAUAUGGCGGAGUUCGCCCUCGACCCCCUCUACUCCAAGGUGCUCCUCAGUUCGGGCGAUUUCGGCUGCUCGGAGGAGAUUCUCACGAUUAUUUCGAUGUUGCAAGUGGAGACGGUGUUCACGAAACCGUCGUCAGGGAGUUUCGCGGUGAAAGCUCGCAUCCAGAAGAGGCUAUUUGAAGUGGAGGAGGGGGAUUUAAUCACGUAUUUGAACGUGUUUAAUGGGUUUAUUAGUAGCGAGAUGUCGCAGGGGUUUUGUCAUAAAAAUUUCAUUAAUUAUAAGAGUAUGAGGAGGGUGGUGGAGAUUCGCAGUCGGCUGGAGAAGAUGUUGAAAAAUUAUGACGUUCCUAUUGUGUCAUGUGGGGGUUUGACGGAAAUGAUUUGUAAAUGUUUGGUGACUGGACUUUUUCCGAACGCCGCCUAUUUACAUUAUAGUGGGGUUUAUAAAACGGUGAGGGGGGAUAUUGAGCUGUUUGUUCAUCCGGAUAGUGUGUUGUACACUAUUCCACAGCCCCAAUGGGUACUUUUCUGUGAAGUAAUGCACACGACGAAGCUCUUCAUGCGAGACCUCACUGUCAUAAAAAGCGACUGGUUGUUGGAAUUAGCGCCCCAUUUUUAUCACAAAACAACCCACAAAGAAUUUUAAAGGUAACUUAGUCCAGAAAUAAAAGUCAGUUUCAUCAAAAAAAAAA